CGACUAAAAUGAUGGCAAUAACACUGCACCGAUUAAUGUAAGUGUCUUAUUUAAUCGCAUGAUUGUGUGCAACUGCCGGUUUCUAUUAUUAGACAAACCAAAUCCUCCGACGGGCUUUCGUGUCAUCAAUAAAUUAACAACGGCUACGACUGCAACGGUACAAUGGUUUCCUUCUUUUAAUGGUGGAAAACCCCAACGUUUUGUUUUGAACUACACCAAAUCUCUACAGAAACACUGGACACACGAAGAAAUAGAAGACACAGGGGAACCAAUACUAAUUUAUACGAUAAAUGGAUUGUCAAGCAAUUCUUUCUACUACAUCUUUUUAUAUUCCAUUAAUAUAUUAGGGUCAUCCAAGAUGUCUGCACGUCUUGAAAUCAAGACAAAAGGUAGUCAUUGUUCUAAGAAUUACUUAUUAACAAGUUGUUGUAGUAUGCUUUCAAUACAUACACUGACACCUAUUUUAUAUUGAACAAACACCAAUAAAACUCCCAGUCUUGUAAACUUUAUAACUAUGACAUGUGUUUUUCUUCAGAAGGAAUGUAUAUAGAUGAUAACACCAGUGGCGUUUGGACAACCAUAGGAAUUUGUAUAGGUGCUCUGCUCUUUUUGCUUUUACUAUUCAUUGGCAUAUAUACAUUAAGAAGGUUUAAGCUGACAUAUCAACAUACAACUAUAAACGUACAUCAAGACACUAUUGGAUUAUCAACACAAAAUAUAAAUUCUGCAACUGAAUACGAAAGCAUUGAUCUUGAUGCAGUUGGAGCAAACAUACAACCGAAUGACCCAUCCAGCACAGGCACAAGUACAGACGCUUUUCCACAAAAUCCUUAUGAGAAACUUGAUAAAAUCUUGAAUGACAGUAAUCAGUACAGUGAACUUAAAAAAAUGGACGAAAGCCGUGAAGAUGUUUUCAGGAAAAGAAAGCCUGACACAGCUCCGGAAACCUUGCAAAAAGACUUCGAUAAAGCAAUGUAUAUGAAUAUGAAAAUUUGAUUUGAGGACCAAAUUUUAAAUUCUGACUUAUUUAAAAUGUAUUAUGUUUUUAAGUAAUACAACUAGCACUUGUAAAAAACUUUCUAGCUAGUUUACGGAACAUCGGUGGUUCUACUCAGGUGCCCGUUCGUGCCUGAAAUAUGCACGGAAGGGCACCUGAGGUCUUCCUCUACCAGUAAAGCUGGAACGUCACGAUAUGACCUAUAUUGUGUCGAUGUGACGUAACACCCAAAAACAAACAAACAAACAAACAAAAAUCUUUUGUUGUGUAUAUGAGAUAAAUCCUGGUUAAUAGAUGUCAUGUUUAUGAUUGCCUUUAACUCUCAGCAUAGUCAUUGCAUAUACUGUGUAAGUACUGACUAGUGAUGUUUAUAAACGAUGUAAAAAUGAAACAUCAUAUUAUGUUUUAUUUGCGUGCGAUAUUGUAAAAUUACUAAAGAAAUACUGAAUAAAGUACAAUCACGUGUUUCAAUUAUAUCAAUAUGUAUACUGACGGGCUAGGUCCAUUUGCUUACAUGGUCAUAAUUUGUACUGCGAUUAAAUUCCGUUAAGAGAGUAUUGAUGCGAUACAAUGCAAUACCUGAAGGAUUUAACGGAUACACUUUACAUUCUGAACGAGGAAACAAAUACUCUUUACAUUAAAUUCUGAACCGUUUCAUAUUAAGUGUGCCCAUUUUAUAACAUUACUCUUUCAUUUCUGAAAUAAAGUACACAGAGGGUAGAGAUGGAAUCUUACACUUUUUUAUUUGGGUCCUUAAACAUGUUAAACAUGUUGAUUUAGAAUUCCUCUAUAAAUAUUCACAACCAGACACAGUUUAUGACACGUUCUUAGUUGUAGGCAGAGAUUGUGAUUCUCAUUUAAAAAUUAUUCAUUGUCACAUCAGCAUUCUUUGUGUCGUGCGUUGUUGGAAAUAUAAAAUCGUUUGGUGUUUUCUUUUCACGUAACUAUAAACUUGUAUGUGUGUUAAAAUACAUAAAUAUUGUUUUUGUAUUCACGGACUCUUUAAUCACCUAUGGAAGGGAAAACGGUGCAAAUUUUCAUUUAUCUGUCGAAUGUAUGCUUGUUUAUGUUUCUUGCAUAAUUGCAAAAAAAAUGUAAAUAUCAACUUUAAUAAAAAAAAUAUGUUCUGUUGUUUCAAUUAUUGACUUAAUUUAUAUGAUCAUUGUCAAUUUCAGAGAUUAUUAGUGUGAACGCAUUUUAUCAAAAUUU